AUGUCAGCAACGGUAAUUAAUAAUGGACAGGCAAAAGCAAAGACUCCUCUUAAAAAGGAAGAACUUGAACAAAUAGCUCGUCAAUUAAAGAAAAAGUUAUCCAAAGCAAGUAUAACUGCUAAACAAUCAUUAUCACCAACUAAUAUCAAAACCUCCACUAUAAUCUUACCAAAAUCAUCUCCUCUAAAAAGUUAUAUUAUGAAGAAUAAUAGUAACGAACAAUCUCCCACAAAUAAUAUCAAUAACUUAUCUUCAUCUCCAAUUAACUUGUAUUCACCAAAUGGCAAAUCACCUACUCAUAUAAGGACACCAGCUGCUGCGUUUUUAUCAUGUUCACCUUUGAAAAAUGUAGCCCAUGCUGAUACUAGUGCUGCUGAUGAUAUGAUGCUAGAUAGUCCCACCAAGAGAAGAAAAACAUCGCCUCGUAAAAUGGUAUUACGAGAAAUCACCCCAGAAAAGCCAAAGACAGAGAGCACACUUAAACCAUCAUUAGAACUAACCUCUACUCCGACUAAGAAACCAGAAUCACAAUCACAAUCACAAUCACAAUCACCACCAAAAGACCAAGCAACAACUCCUACUAUGGCCAAACGAGAAUUAUCAUCACAAUCAUCUUCUUCUCAAAAUGCACUUUUAAAGACCCCAAAGCAAAACUCUAAUGGGAAUGGUUAUAAUGAUGCUGAAGGAGCUGAUUUAUUGAUGUAUUUGGCCACUUCUCCAUCUCCUGCCAGACCAUAUCUUUCAAAUACACCUAGAGGUAUUAAUAAACCACUUCCUUCAAUACUGCAAUCUUCACAACCAUCACAAACAUCGACAAGUACUGCUAAUGCUAGUUCUAGUGCUGGUUCUGGUUCUGGUGCUGGUGCUGGUUCUGGUGCCAAUUCUGGUGCUAGUGCUAGUACGUCGUCAUCAGCUUCUGCCUUCCUUGCCCCACCACCACCAGUGACGCCGAAAAGAGUUAUAAAUUCACAUUCCACAAGAACUCCACAGAAUAGAUUAACACCAUUUUUCAAUACUUUAAAUGCUAAUGGGUUACCAUCUCAAGGUUUGGCUUUAACCCCUACAAGUUUUAAUAUGAAUGAUUAUGUGACGUUUUUCACUCCUUCACCAGGAGGUGCAUUCAAUAAGAAUUUGUUAAAGACUCCUGAUUUUCAUAAUUCAUUACUGAAAAAGUGA